GAUUUGGAAGUGAUUGUAGAAAAGAGUAGAUGCUCUCUCUAUACCUCUACUACCUACAAUAUAUCUGUCGACUAUCAUGACUUGAAGUCUUGGAUCAAAUAUCCUCCUACACUUUCACAUGAUGAUAUAUUUCUUAUCAUUAUCGCUAUCGCUAGUUAUCGCUAUCGAUUCCCCGAGAUUAACCCCUGGGCAUUCAAUUAA